UCUCGAUUUGGCAUAAUAUUUUCUAAAUUUAAAAGUAAUUGGAGUCUUAAAACCAUGAAUAGCUUUCAUGUCAGCAUAUUCAUCUACUUUCCUUUGCUCUGCUCGCUAGCUUUAAUGGUGCAGAGCGAUUGUAGAAUAUCACAAUAUAUGGUAGAGGGAUCGAAUAGGAUCUUUACCUAUCGCGAUGCCAGUGGAACUCUCCAAUUGCAGCGCAGGGAAAUUGUUCCAUCCGGUGUCACUCUGCUAAUGUACUGCAAUCCUUCGGAGAUGGUGGAAACUCAAUGCCAGGACAACGGACAGUUCUCAGUUCCGCUGCCCAUGAGUUGUGGCAAUCCAAUGCAACCGAAGGCCACUCGAAUCCGGGAUGGCGAUUGUUCGGGAAACUUGUAUGCCGUGGGUUAUACGAUAGACGGGAAGAAUCUGGAACUUUAUAGAACUUGCUUUGAUGCCGGCCAGGGAAGGGUUAUGUACUCGCAGAGCGAUGUCUACUUCAAGAGUUUCUUUCCCAGGAGACCGUUUAUUGAGUUUGUGGCCGAUGAGAUGUUUAGUCCCCAGGAGGCCGCCGCUUAUAUGAAGUCAAACAUAUAUUUCGCCUUCAAAUGCAUUUAUGGUGAUGAUCAGUCCUAUUUACAAAGUGCCAACUCCUUGGUGAUAAAUCGAGGUCAUCUGGUGGCCUCUGCGGACUUCCUGUUCGUGGACCAGAUGGGUAGUACCUUUCGCUAUCUGAAUGUGGUGCCGCAAUUCAAGUCGAUUAACGAUGGUAACUGGGAGAAAAUCGAGAGGUGGGUGCGUAGUCAGAUCCCUCCUUCGAGCUAUUACCGGAUCAAGUCCGGAGGAAUUGGCAUCCUGAAUUUGCCAGAUGCCAGGGGAGCCAUUAAGCCGGCCUUCCUCUCAAACUCCAAGAUCCCAGUGCCCGAGUGGACCUACAAAGUGGUGCGGGAUGCCAGUGGCAAGGGGCUGUAUGUCUUCCUAACUUAUAAUAAUACCUUUGUGCGAGAGACACCACAAUGUCUGGAUGUUUGUCGUCCAGUUAAUUGCCCCUUGGGUCUCCCGAAUAGCCCCGUCGAGGGAUUCACCUUCUGUUGCGAUCCGGGGCAGUUCCCACUCUGAAAAUGCAAGUAUUCGUAAAUAUUUUAUCGGAGGACUAUGCCAAAUUGGCCAGCGUAAUAAUCGCAGGCUGAAUUAUUCAGUAUUUUUAUUUAACAGACGCACCUAAGUGGAAAUGCGAAAAUGGCGAAAAUCCGUUGCACUGCGAAAAAAGAGGGCUUAAUAAAUGAAAAUUUGAACUAAUACUUAGAGUUAAUUGUUGCUGAGUGAAAGCCACACCGGACGAUUAGGCAAACAAUGGAACGGCUAACGACAUUUUAAAUG